AUGUCCAUCGCAAAACUCAUAUCCAGCCGCACACAUGUCAUCCCCGGCCGCCUUAAGGUCUCGGAACUAUUUUUCGACGUCCCCCUCGACCACUCCCUCCCCGACAGCAGUAGAACCCUCCGCAUCUUCGGCCGCAGCGUCGAGCGGGUAGAGAAGCCUGCUGCGCCUCCAGCAGAAGGGGAGGGCGGAAAGCCCAAGCAGUUGCCGUAUUUUGUGUAUCUGCAGGGCGGCCCGGGGUUUGGCUGUGCGCCGCCGCAGGAUUAUGGCUUUACGGGUUUGGUGCUGGAUCGGGGGUUUAAGAUGCUCUUCCUCGAUCAGAGGGGGAUGGGUCUCUCAACGCCAGUCACGGCCCGCACACUAGCCAUACAAGGCGACAGCAAGGUGCAAGUAGACUAUCUGAAGCUCUUUCGAGCUGAUACGGCAGUCAAGGACUUGGAGGCAAUUCGGAAAUGCCUCACAGCUGACUACCCAGAAGAGAAGAAAAAAUGGUCUAUUGUAGGCCAGUCAUAUGGAGGUUUCGUCGCUACCACGUAUUUGAGCCAAGCACCAGAAGGACUGCGUGAGGUCUUCACCUUAGGUGGUCUGCCACCAGUGAACCAGAAAGAUCCAGAUGAGGUAUACAAAAGAUUGCAUCGUAAGGUUCAGGAGAGAAAUGCAAAGUACUACGAGAAGUACCCCGAGGACGUGGAGGCUGUGAAAAGAAUCGCUCGCCACUUGGAUCAUAAAGACCAACCAGUAAUGUUUGCUGAUGGCGGAGAACUCUCACUUAUGCGGUUCUUGUCCAUGGGUAUCAGCUUCGGGUUUCACGGUGGUUUAGACACCGUCCAUGAUAUUGUUCUAAGAACGGUCAAUGAUUUGGAAACUUUUGGUUUUCUGACGAAACCGACUCUAGUCAGGAUUGAAGCGACCGGUGGCUUCGAAGAUCAUGUGCUUUAUGCCAUUAUGCAUGAGUCCAUCUACUGCCAAAGAGGUGGCAAAUCGGAUUGGAGUGCCAGUAGGAUCUUAUCUAAGCACAAAACUAGUACCAAUGCGCCUCUGGAAUUUAUAGGGGAAAUGGUGUUGCGGGAUCAUUUCUCUGUAUACCCAGAGCUCAAAGUGCUCACGGAGGUCGCAGAUGCUCUGGCCAAUAUUGAUGACUGGCCUGAUUUGUACGAUGUUGACCGAUUGAAGCAGAACGAGGUCCCUGUGUACAGUGCAACUUAUGUCGAGGACAUGUACGUGGACUUCGGGUUCGCGCAAGAGACCGCCAGGACCAUCAAAGGAGCAAAGACCUUUGUUACCAACAUGAUAGGAGGUCUUCAAGAAUCUUUUCGCGCUGAGAGAUGA